AAGCUCCCUCUUUCAAUUUCCUUCUUUCUAUAAACAUAUAUAGAUAUAUGCCCAUGGGACUACUCCAUCAAUAACCUCAAUACUAUAGAAAGUGAAUCCAUCAUAUAUAAUCUUGGGUCGGUCCACACAAGUGAAAUUAAGUGAUGAUGAACGAGUUGGAAGCAGAGUUGAAGGAACUGCGACAAGCUUUCGGUUCUAGUAAAACAAAAGAAUAUUCAUGGAGGAUUUCACAACUUAAUGGUUUACUCCAUAUCCUUGAAGAUAAAGAAAAUGAUAUUUUCAUGGCUCUUAAAAAAGAUCUUGGCAAGCAUCAUGUUGAAGCGUAUAGAGACGAGAUUGGAACAGUGGUGAAAUCUAUAAAUUACGCUCUAGAUAACUUGAAGCAGUGGAUGGCUCCUCAAAAGACCAGGUUGCCACUGGCUGCAUAUCCCAGUACUGCCAGCUUGGUUUCCGAGCCUCUGGGUGUGGUUCUCGUCAUCUCAUCCUGGAACUUCCCAAUUGGAUUGUCCUUGGAACCUUUAAUCGGGGCAAUAGCUGCAGGCAAUGCAAUUGUUCUAAAGCCUUCGGAGAUAGCUCCUGCGUGUUCUUCGUUCCUUGCUGAAGCAAUUCACGAUUACCUUGAUAGUUCUGCGGUCAAAGUUAUUGAAGGUGGACCAGAUGUCGGGGAAAGACUCCUCCAACAUAAAUUCGAUAAGAUAUUUUUCACAGGUAGUUCACGAGUAGGUAAAUCUGUGAUAUCAGCUGCAGCACAACAUUUGACCCCGGUGACGUUGGAGUUAGGGGGGAAAUGCCCUGCUGUGGUUGAUUCAAUUCCUAGCUCUCGGGGGGCAAAUAUGGCUGCAAAGAGAAUUGUUUGGGGUAAAUUUGGAGUAUGUGGCGGGCAAGCUUGUAUCGGAAUUGAUUAUAUUCUUACAGAGAAAAAAUACUUGCCGGAUCUGGUGGAAUUAUUAAAAAAAUAUAUCAAACAAUGUCUUGGAGAUGACAUAUGUGUAACUAGCAGCAUGUCUAAGAUAGUAAACAAGAGGCAUUUCUCAAGAUUGAAGAGUCUCUUAGAUGAACCGAUGGUGAAAGCUUCAGUUGUAUAUGGUGGUUUGCUGGAUGAAGAGAACCUGUUCAUUGAACCAACAUUAUUGGUUGAUCCUCCACUUGAUGCUGAAAUAAUGACUGAAGAAGUCUUUGGUCCAUUGCUUCCUAUUAUCACGUUGGAGAGAAUUGAAGAUAGUAUCGAGUUCAUAAGGGCAAGACCAAAGCCACUUGCUCUAUAUGCCUUCACAGAAAAUGAAAAGUUUCAAAAAAGGUUGGUGUCUGAGACAUCUUCAGGAAGCAUUAUGUUCAACGACGCCAUCCUUCAGUAUGUCGUGGAUGCACUACCAUUUGGUGGAGUCGGAGGGAGUGGGUUUGGAAGAUACCAUGGAAAGUAUUCGUUUGAUAACUUCAGUCACGAGAAGGCGGUUGUGAUGAGGGGACUCCUUUUAGACUUUUGGUUCAAAUAUCCUCCAUGGAACGACACAAAGUUGCAACUGAUUAAGGCUGGAUUUAGAUAUGAUUAUCUUGGAGUAAUCCUUAUUGCAUUAGGUUUAAAAAGCAAGGCUUGAAAACUAUGAAUGCUCAAACAUCAUACCUUGAAAACUCUAAUUUUUUUUUUCUAAUCACAAAAUUUGGUUAUGUAUCGAUUUGUCAAAUCCUUUUGUCAAAUCGAAUAGUUAGACUAUCCUGGCUGGAAUGUGUCAAUUUCUUUUUUUAACA